AUGCCCGCAGCGAAACAAGAAGAUCUGUCGAUCCCUACCACGAACCCGUCCUACGUACUCCGGGGGAUCGAGGACACUGCCUUUGAGGACCGUGAUAUUCCCACCGAAUGCGGUCCCCAUGAGUAAGUCCCCAGCAACACCCGGCCCGUCUCGCGGGUGAUGUGGGGCCCGGCCCGCGUUUCCGGUCGCCGUCUCCGAGGUAGCAGCAUGCAGGCUCGUCGAAGCAUUUCAUUGGAAUAAUGCUGACAGUUUCGGAUCUUGACCCAACAGUGUUAUCGUCGCUCCCAAAAAGACGGGUCUCUGCGGCUCGGACGUACACUACCUUUCGCACGGCAAAUGUGGUGCCUUCGUCGUCGAGAAACCCAUGGUCCUCGGCCACGAGACGGCGGCGGUCGUCGUCAAGGUCGGUUCCUCGGUCAAGACGCUCAAGAAGAGUGACCGAGUCGCUCUUGAACCGGGAGAGAGUUGCCGCAAGUGCGAUGUGUGCAAGGAAGGCUUCUACAAUCGAUGCCCCGACAUGGUCUUUGCCGCGACACCGCCCUAUGACGGCACACUCGCUGGCUUCUACCGCCUGCCCAGCGAUUUGGCUUACAAGUUGCCCGAGACGGUCUCACUCGAGGAAGGUGCCCUCAUGGAACCGCUUAGUGUUGCCGUGAUGGCUGUAGCCAGGGUGGCUCGCAUGCCCCUCGGCGCGAAUGUCGUCGGUGAGUCGAGGGCCAACAUCUGUCGAUAUACGCCACCCCCGACUUUAAGAGCUGAUAUGAACUCGCGUCGACCACCCUAGUCUUCGGAGCUGGUCCCGUUGGAUUGCUAACCAUGGCUGUUGCCAAAGCGUUGGGAGCCCGAAAGGUCAUCGCCGUCGGUGCGUGCUCCUACCUGUAACAAACUCUCCGGCGUUCCCUUUACUGAACCCUGUGCUUGGCUCGGCCCCCCGUUAUGUAGAUAUUCAGCAAGCUCGACUCGAAUUCGCUGCCUCAUACGCUGCCAACGAUUACUUCAUCCCUCCUCCCACCAAGGAAGGCGAAUCGCGUCUCGAGUAUUCGAGUCGUUCGGCUCAAGAGAUUCGAUCGCGCUUCGGCUUUAGUGAGCGUGGUCCUACCGGUGUCGACCUCGUUGUUGACUGCACGGGUGCAGAGGUGUGCAUCCAGACCGGGGUGUAAGUUUCGUGUUAACUGCGGUCUGUCAAGGUUGAAUUGAACGAGCUCCGUCGCUGAUUUGAUCAAACUCAACCCCUGACAGUUACGUCGUCAAGCACGGUGGAACGUGUGUCCAAGUCGGGAUGGGCAACGACAGCAUCAAUAUCCCCAUGUCGACCUUGCUCGUCAAGGAGGUGACGCUCAAGGGCUCGUUCAGGUACGGCCCCGGCUGCUACGAUAUGAGCAUCGACCUCGUCGCGAGGGGUUUGAUCAACCUCGAUCGCUUGAUCACGCACCGGUAGGUUGUUUUGGGCUGUGUCGGUCUAACAUGGCCAGACCAUUCUCUUGACGAUGCCCAUCGAUGCCCAUGCUACAUGGCUGACUUUGAGCUUUGGGUUUUUCUUCCCAGCUUCUCCUUCCGCGAUGCGAAUGUGGCAUUCAAGGCGAACCAAGCCGGCAAAGGUGCGGACGGGAAACCCCUCAUCAAGGCGAUUAUCGAUGGGCCAAUCGACUCGGAGAAGUAG